AGGUAUCUCAGAGCCGCUCACACACCCUGCGUCUUCACUUGCACAAGAGGCAGAAGAUGGAUAACUGACCAAUGCACGGAGAGUCGACCAGAGUGAAACACAACAAUCUGUGCCACUAACCUUGGAUAAGCAGGGCUCUAAGAUGCCCAAAAGUGAUACCUGGCCAGGUGGCAUUGAAUUGGAGACGAUGAUUGGCAUGGACAGUGCUGGCAGCUGUGACAGUGUCGUCAGUGUCAAUUCUGGCUUUAGCGAUGAUAGUCUGGAGCACCUUUCUGCUGAGGAGAAGGCCUGUCUUAUGUUUUUAGAGGAGACUAUUGAGUCUUUGGAUACUGAGGAGGAUAGUGGACUGUCCAAUGAUGAACCUGACCAACUGCCCAGCCCUGGCAACCUUGUCACCAAACUGGCUGACCUGUCAGCCUCCAUGAGCAAAAGCAAGCUGAAUGAUCCACAGAAACAUGUCUCUAAAGAGCCCAUCAAGGAAAAUGCUAAAACUAAACUCAUGCAUAGCUACCUGGUUCCUACACCUUUUGUUGUGGCAAGCAGUUCUGUACCCAGCAUUAAACCAGGCAUUCGUCCAGACAAGAACCUCUGCUCCGAGCCUCAGUUCACUCCUUCCACCAACAAACCUGGUAACACACACAACCAGAAACCUGCUGCUCCACCAGUACCUUUAGAGGUUAAUGUUGUGAUACCUCCUCCCAAGAAACCCAGGGACUUCUCAGGUAGGACAGCUGAUGGGCCUGUACCAAGAGGACCUCUGUCCUAUGAGGCACUUGUUCAUCUGCGGAGGAGUGCCUCCACGAAGAAGACCCCUUUGUGUCCUACAGUUGAUCAUACAAUAGAGUUAGAGAAACACCUUCCCGCCACAAUGGAAGGCCCAAAUCUCGGAAACCUGCAAAGAUCUGACAGAUCCAACACAGAGUCUUUCAAGUCUAAGACAAGUCCUCCAGUUGUGGCCCCUAAACCAAAAAAGAUCCCUGCCAACAUAGCUGUGAAAACACAAAAUGAAACUUCAUUAACCCCAGACUCUUCAUAUAGUGUCAAGCAUGCAAAAGAUCCCCAGCUGGUGAGACUGGAAGCUUUGCAGAAGCUUGGCCUCCUGCAAGACCAGCAGCCAGAAAAUGAGACAGUAGGCCCACUACCCUCAUCUAAAUCUCACUCCUAUUUGGACCCAACACCAAACAGAUUUACAAAGGGUUCAUCUAAUGGUAAUCCAUCAAGAAGCCCAUCGUUUUGUUAUUCUCAAGUGCCCACAGAGCCCAAGAACAAGCCUCUGCAGAGCAGUGCCAGUUUCCAUCACUACUCAAGACGUGACCAACAGUCUGCAUCUGUAUCACAUCCACCUCAAUCCAGUGGAUUGGGGGCAGGUGGUCUGGAGCGUUCUGUUACCAUGAACAGCCACAGAAAUGGUGGAAACUGUCCUAAAUUGGGAAACAACACAGCAGCCGAGCCAGCAAAAACCACCACGGCAGCUCAAAAACCCUCAAACUCAGUUGGAUAUACUGUGAUGGUGGUGCCUGGAAUGGGAACUGAUCGAAAAGAAGCUCUCAGAAAGCUUGGACUGCUCAAAGAGUAAAACAACAAACAGCAGAAGUCUGCCGCCUGUGUAAAUGCAGUGCUCAGAGGGAGUUCAAGAGUACUAUCAGCUUAAAGAGAGUUAGAGCAUUAAGUGGGAACUUGGCACUUGGCACUUUGGCAAACCGAAGCAUGAGGAUGAAGAAGAAUUUAAAAGGGAAUACCAGCACUUUUAAUCUAGGUUGUGCUUUCUUAUGGACUUGAGGGCAGGUUUUUUUUUUCCAAUUAUUGUUCUAUAAGUCUCAAGAGUUUCUGAAAAUGCACAUUACACAUUUCAAAAUCCUGAGGUUGUCCAUAUUUGGGGAAAAUGGCAUGAUAAUGUAAUUCCAUCUAAUCAGAAUGUCUUACCAUGUUUGCUUUAAUAGACUUCCGUUAGGCACAACAGGAUACCAAAUCAGCCUAAGAGUGCAUAUGAAAUAAUGUAGGCAUCAAUCUAGUCUUCACCCUCACAUCUCAAGAUCAGGUGCAGCAUUGGGUUUCUCAGUGUUUAAAAUGCAGUUUAUGGCUAUAAGAAAUUUCUAUUAAUCUUUAUAUUAUUAUUAUAUUAUCAUUAUACUGUACAUAACGGCUGCUCCACUCUACUUCUACUUAAAGGAAACAUCAGACCAAAUCAAGAGAUUUUUUUUUUUUACAUUACUAAUUAUUUCAUAAUUCACAGAUGUGCCUAUAAGUGGAUCAUUGAGUAGAAUUCUUGGAGCAAAGCCUCAAAGAAGCAGCUAAGUUCAUGCAGCUCAUAAUUAUUGUAAAACAAAACUUUGAGAGGUGUUUUUGGGGUGAUUUUUCAGAAUUUUCUAAGCUAUAGCAGCUAUCAGCAUUACAUGAUUAUGAAGAUCUGAUGUACCAGUAGCCCACUGACUUUUCUCUAGAUGGUCUCACAAAUGUUUGACAAACUGUGUUCAUGUGACUGCCUUUAUAGUUUAAAUACUGAAGAUGUGAGUAUUUCUACCUACUGUUCACCAUUUCCACAGAUAAAAAAAUUAAAAAAAUAAAAUAUGCAUGUAAUUUAUCAUGUAUUUACAUUUUUAUCUUUACAAAAUGUAAGUACAGUAUUAAACCUUAACAUCUUUUUUGAAUUAUGCAGCCUGGUUUCUGAAACUGUCACCAUGCCACAUAGACUAUUUGACUUGUGAUUUAAAAUGUAAAUAACCAGAACUCUUCAUGGUUUGCAU